AUGAGUAUAAAUAUUCCAAGCGUCCAAAGGGCCAUUGUAGCUCUUCCAUCUGGCAGAGACCAGUUGGUAAAAAUCGUCAACGACUACCCCGUUCCUGAAGUGAAGCCUAACCAGGUGCUUAUCCGACUCACCUCUUCGGGUGUCUGCCAUUCCGAUUUGUCUACCUUGCAAGGUAUUUGGGGUGGCGCGAUAGUGGCUAAAGUGGUUGGCCACGAAGGCUCGGGGUAUAUUGUCCAGCACGGAUCCCAGGUUGAUGCCACACAGUAUCCCUUGGGGACCCGUGUCGGGGUUCCUCUUGUCUCCAAUCCGUGCCGUUCUUGCUACGCCUGUGGGUUGCCGGAUGGGGAGGUCUACUGCCCAAAUUCGCCCUUCCAUGGUGUCGUUAUUGAUGGUACUUGGAAGCAGUACAUUGCCGUGAACGUCAGCUACGUGAUUCCAAUCCCUGAUGAGAUCAAAAACUCCCAGACCGUGGGGCCGUUGCUUUGUGGUGGUGUCACGGCCUACAAAGCGUUGCUCACCGCUAAUAAAAAGUCCGGCCAGUGGGUGGUUAUCACCGGCGCUGGAGGCGGGUUGGGCACCUUGGCAGUGCAGUAUGCGGUAGCUCUUGGGUUGAGAGUGAUCGCCAUCGACACUGGUACUGUGAAGAAGACGCUAAUCACUGAAAGAUUGGGGGCGGAGCAAUUUAUUGACUAUAUGGAGACAGAGGAUGUGGUGGGGGCAGUCAAACGGAUCACCGGCAGAGGCGCUGAUGCGGCAAUCAUGUUGGCCCCAUCUGAGGCAUCUUACAACCAGGCUAUCCAUUACUUGGGAUUGCAGGGUAUGCUUGUAUGUGUAGGGUUGCCAAAGAGGGGCACAGUAUUGCAGGUUGAACCGGCCACUUUGAUUCACACGGGUAUUAGAGUAGUAGGAUCGCUCGUUGGAACACGCACUGAUAUUAUCGAGGCGUUAGAUUUUGUCGCAAGGGGGAAGGUUACUCCAGCUAUGGAGGUGAGGCCAAUGGACGACAUUCGGGAGAUUUUGGAAGAUAUGGUAGCGGGCAAGAUCUCGGGGAGGGUGGUUAUUAACUUAGAAUAA